UCUGCCGUUUGGCCUGCAUAAAACGACAGCGUUUUCAUUCUCCUAAGCCUUUAAACCUGUCAACCGGUUUCCGCAUUUCUGCUAAUUAUCAGCAUCAGCAUAAGACCAGACAAGAUCCGAUGUUGUGCUGGAAUCGUGCUGCCGUUAGUAUUUCCAGCACAGUUCCCUUAGCGAGAUGGUUAUGGGUUCGCCAUUCCUGCAACAAAUUAUUUGUCGGAGGGCUUUCUUAUGAUACCAAUGAAACCGUAUUAAAAAAUGCUUUCGAGAAACAUGGAGAAAUAAUUGAAGUUAAGAUUAUAUGCGAUCACGUGAGUGGGAAAUCAAAAGGGUAUGGGUUCGUGCAGUUCAGUUGUGAAUCUGCAGCCUCUAUAGCUUUGAAGGAAAUGAAUGGUCAGUUGCUGGAUGAUAGAAAUAUUCGUGUAUAUUAUGCGCACAAGAGUUGACAACAAAGGAGCUCCCUGUAUCAUGUCUGAAGCUUUUGUUGAUUUUCAUAUAAACCUUCUCUCCCAACUGUUUUUGAAUAUGGAAAUGAAGGUGUUAAAUCAUGUUAUCCAUGUACUAUGUUGAAUGAAGGUUUAGAAUAAUAUACAUUUGCUUAAUCAAGUUUAAUUACUAAUGAUUUUAA